GCCUGACCUGUGUUUGUGCACGGGCCUGUAUUUUUACCUCCAUAGGUACUAUAACACUAGCCAGGUUUUAAUCCAUGAAUUUUAAACAAACUAAGAUCUAUUAUAUGCUGAAUACAAAUACCACGUUUUGACAAAAUAUCUCUUCAGUGUCCUGUGCUUUUUUGUUAUGUAAAUGACUAUCAUGCAUUAAAAGUGUUUUCUUCAACAUGGAGGCCUUGGGACCCAUGAGAGUCCAUGAGGCUGCAACCAAAGGUCCCCAAUAAACUUUAUCUUCACUAAUGAUUUCACUUAAUGCCUGUUAGGACAAGGAGAGAAGCGGGAGGGAUAUCUGUUUAAUUCAGAGGGUUUUAUCUCUGCUGUUAUCUCCACACCAACAAUAAAACAAGACAAGAAACCCCUCUGCACCCCCAGGUCAAACUGGGGUCUGUAGUGAAAGAGAUUUGUGAUUUAGGGCCAUUUGGCUAAUGUUUCUUUCCUUUAUGUCGUGUGGCCUGAUAAUUAUAAGCCCUCGUGUUGUGCACAGUGUAGCUCCGCCCUCAGCUCCAGUCCUGACUCCCAGCACUGGUUAGCCUUACUAGACAUAGAAAUCUAGUCCCUGCUCCACGCUCCACCCCUGGUGUUCCUGAUUCCUGGGUCUUUGUCCCCGGAACUUGCACUCUCUCCUGGGUGUCCGCCGGGGUUUUCAGCUCACAUCUGGAUCCCAGCAGCACUAGCGUACAGUCCUGGGUCUUGUCCUGCAGAAACACGGCCUCCUCAAGUUAGGAAAGAAAACAAGAAAGAAGAAAAACACCUAUGAGACAACGUUAACCCGUCUGCUCUCCUCCUGUGGGUUAUACUUUCGUCGAAGCUGUGAGGCAGCAGUGUGAUUUAGAGAUUCUUGCCUGCAGUUAAAAAGUUUUUACAUGUUUUCAAACUAGUUCUGUCCUUUCUUCGUGUGUUUUUUCGACUGAGGCUGGAACUCGACAUUUGUGUCACAUAUCGGGCCUCUUAACCAGACGACGUUUGGGCUUCGUUUCACGGUAUUUUCGGUGUUUUUCCCCCCUGUCACGGUGGUUUGAGCUGCUGUGAAUGAAGGGUCCGCGGAGCUGAAGGAACCAGCGUCUCCAUGAGGAAGCUCAGCGCCGCGGUCGCUCCAGCGCUGUCCUAGCUCACACACACACCUGAGCGCCUGUAUUUCUAACUUUUUGUGCUAACUUUGUAGCUAUUUUAUUUUUACGCGAUACAACAAGAUGAAGACGCUGUUGGUGCUGUGUGUGGCUUGCACGCUGGUUGUGUUUACCGUGUCGGCAACUGCGGAGCAGAAGCUGAAAAACUGCAACGAAGUCCGAGCUGCUUACAGCUCCAAAGGCUUCAACGUUAACGAUGUCCCCAACAAAGGAGUUAAUGGAGCCCGCCUAAAAGUGUGUCCACAGGGUUUCUCCUGCUGCACGGUAGAGAUGGAGGAGAAGCUGAGCCAGCAGAGCCACUCGGACAUGAACGCUCCCGUCUCCAGGCUCAGCAGCAACCUGCAGUCCACCUUCAAACAGAAGCACGAACACUUUGACAAGUUUUUCCGUGAGCUUUUGAAAAAUGCAGAGGUCUCUCUUAACAACAUGUAUGUGCGAACAUACGGGAUGAUGUACGUGCAGAAUGCAGAGCUGUUCAAGAACUUCUUCACAGCCCUGACUCGGUACUACCUGUCUGGCAGCAGUGCCGUCAACCUAGAAUCCAUGCUGUCAGAAUUUUGGGCUGACCUCCUGGAGCGGAUGUUCCGGCUGGUCAACGUCCAGUAUGAAUUCAGCGACUCCUACAUGGAGUGUGUCAGCCGGCACACGGAGCAGCUGCAGCCCUUUGGCGAUGUUCCUCGCAAGCUCCGCAUCCAUCUGACACGGUCCUUUAUUGCUGCACGUACCUUUGUGCGUGGCCUAGCACUCAUGCCAGAGGUGGUCAAUAAAGUUUCUACGGUCAGCGCAUCUCCCAGCUGUGUGCGAGCGGUUAUGAAGAUGAUGUACUGUCCCUACUGCUCGGGCCAAGUGGCCUUGAAACCCUGCCAGAAUUACUGCCUCAAUGUGAUGCGUGGGUGUUUGGCCAACCAGGCCGACUUGGACACAGAAUGGAACAACUUCCUCGAUGCCAUGCUUAGUUUAGUUGAGAGGCUCGAAGGUCCCUUUAAUUUUGAGUCUGUCAUGGAUCCCAUUGACGUGAAAAUCUCAGAGGCCAUCAUGAACAUGCAGGAUAACAGCAUGCAAGUGUCACAGAAAGUUUUCCAGGGCUGUGGGCAGCCUAAACCAAGCACGGCCUUCCGUUCCAAACGUUCUGUCAAAGAAACUGGCUUUACUGCCCGUUUCCGCCCAUAUAGUCCUGACGCUAGACCCACAACCGCCGCUGGGACCAGCUUAGAUCGACUGACAAAUGAUGUGAAGAAGAAGCUAAGACAUGCAAAGAAGUUCUGGUCCACAUUGCCAGAGACCGUAUGUACAGGUGAGAGGAUCGCAUCUGGGGAUGAGUGCUGGAACGGAACAGCAAAAAGCAGGUACGAGUCAGUUGUCAUUGGCAACGGAUUGGCCAAUCAGGUGUCAAACCCUGACGUAGAUGUGGACAUAACAAAGCCAGACAUUGUGAUUCGCAGUCAGAUUGCAGUUUUGAAAGAAAUGACAAGCUGGCUUAAAGCUGCACACAGCGGCAAUGACAUCUCUGUCGAUAAUGAUGAGGGUGAGGAUAGCAGCGGAGGAGAGGAGAGUGGCAGCGGCUGUGACACUCCAUCCUGCGACAGAGACCGGGACAUGUACUUUUCCACUCCACCCAACUCUGACAAUCCUCCAGUUAUUAAAGUAAGGAAACAGUCGGCAGCUGGGGUUGCCACACAGGGAAGCAUGGCGCUGGCGCUCUUCGGGCUGGCCCUGGCACUGCUUGCUCCCCACUUGAGAUAAAACUGGCUUGGCAGGGAGAGGAAGAGAAUGACCAGGAGUGAUGGAGCGAUGGGGGGGAACUGUCAGAGACUUUAAAAAGACUGCCUUCAGGACCUUGGACUGUCCACCGUUGGGGGGAAGACACUUCUUAAUAUUACAAUAAUUUCACUUUUAAUUAUUUGUUUGUAUUGUUUUUUUAGGACAUCAGUGUACAGCGAUAUGAUUUUCUUCUUUCAUUUUUCUACCCCCACCGGGAUAAACCUUUACUCCAUAUAGCUCUUUUGGAGCCAACGCUUGCAGCAUUACAAACAUUAUAUAAUUGUCUUGUUAUGGCAAUUUAAUCUGAUGAUUCAUAUGUGUUCCUACCUGAACAAUUGCCAUCUGGUAACCAAUUAGUACGUGAGAUAUUUGGUUGAACAUUGAGUUCCUGUGGUGGGACAUGUCCUCAUAGUUCUAAGGAUGUUCUUAUUUUCCAUUAUUGAGAGAUCAACAAAUAUGGUGUUGUGAACUGUUACCGUUCACAACACCCACUUUGCACAUUAUGAAUGUGCAUUCUGUGAAUGUUUGUUUGUGAAUGUGCAUUAAUACAUUUACAUACAUCAGCCAGUCAGAAAUUAUGAAGCUAGCUGUUGCAUUUCAGCUAAGGAAUACUUUGAGCUUUAGCUCAUUUUUACUUUGCAGUGGUGUUAAAACUCCUCAGAGCUGCAGAACAUAGCUCAUCUCUCAAAUACAGCAAGAGAAGUUGCAGCACAGGUAAUAAUAAUGUUAACCUGAAGAUGGAAUCUUUCUUUAGAAGAGCUCCUGUGGCACUCUGCAAGCCCAAACAUACUUAAUUGUAUGUCUGCUAUAAGCAUUAUCUCAACCUAGCUUAUAAUGUCCUCAUUAGUUUCUAAUUUAAUUUGUUCACCUUAAACGCUUCAGUAGUAAGGACAUACCUCAUGCAUGCUCUCAGUGUCAAUGCAAUCUAGUGAUGCCGAGUUGAAAGUGUCUGAUGGAGUUGAGAUAUGUGGCAGUGAGACAUAACUGGCAUGGAAGGGGAAGGACUCCCCUGGCAUUACCCCUAAAGAAGGCAAAGCUGACAAAUCCUGAAACCCCUUUUUGGUACUGCAAGCUCAGUUCAGCACAGAGGACCUGACUCUGUACAGUCUUACUGGUUGAAAUGAAUUGGUGUUGACAUUUAUGUUCAGAGCAUUUGAUAUUAAACUAGAGAAAAGGAACAAAAGACAGUGCUUUGAUUAAAUAAAAGGAAGAUAAAUAGUUUACUACAGGGUUUUAUGUUAAAGAGGCGUCUCAAUUUUUAGCUGGUUUUGGUAUGAAGAUUUAUAUUAGGUACUACAGUGGAUUUCACUGCUAGUUUUAGGUGGUGGAAGGGGACUGUGCACAAAACAUGGGGACACUUUUUUGGUCAGUUUGCCCAGGUUUUGGGGCUUUUUUUGGCCCACAUCCCCUGUCCCACAGUCUACAGUUGUACCUCCUAAAUGACCUUUGUCAGUAUAAAUGGACUCAUCCUGAUCCAUUUGAUCUACUUAUCCUCAUCCUCAUGUUCUCAUUAUUUCAACUCAUGGUGGAAUGCUGAAGUAUUGUCACAAAUGCCACAAAAAUUACUGCUCUAUAUGGUGCCUGAUAUUUUUUAUAACCUUGGUACGUUAUUAGCAGCUUCCUAAGGUAAAAAAGAAUGUAGAUAUUUAUAUCUCUCUGCUCCAAUUGCCUGAGCAGAGUGUACUGUUACCAUCUGACAAGCACAACACAAGAUUUUUUAAUGUUUUCUAAUUUGAUAAUCAAAGUCUGUAAGUUGCAUUACCUAACCAGUUUCUCUCUUAAGUGAUGCUGUCUUAUGUAGCUUUUGUACAGUAACUUAUGGAUGUGUUCAAAUAUGCUUUUAGAGCUGACAUAGAUUAUCCAAAAAACAGUAUUCAGAAGGUUUUAGUACUCAAAAAUUAGGCAAAAGAUUCAUUCAGUUCAGAUUCUUUAAGAUCUGGGAACUUUAAAUAUCUGUUUCAUAAUUGCCUGCAGAUCAAACCAUUGGCUGCAGAUAGGACGUGGUAAAUUCUGGAGACAACCUUUUGCUUCUUGUUUGGCUUCGAGAUUUCCAGGUUGAUUGUAAGCCUACAUGAAAUGUUCUCCAGAAAAGUGAUGUUCCCUAAUAACAGACUUGGAACAAAUCAACAAGGACAACAAUAUUAAGAAUUGGAUGUUGAAAGAUUUGAUGAAACAUCUAUGCAACCCGUAUAAAAUACUGAAGCCUUCAUGUGAAAUAAUGAGGUUGUGCUUCAGCUGCCUGGUUUGACAUUAUUUCUGCAUAUAACUGGUUCAGUUCUCCUGAUUUUUGUGUUCCACCAACAUUUCUACAAGGGUUUGUGCAUGUGGAAGAGUUGGGUCAAGUGUGAAGAAACCCAGCGUGUUGGGUAGAUGUCUGUGCUUUCGGGCCAGGGCAGCAACAUUUUCCAGCUGGCAGGAAUUGGUUCAGCUGCUUGAUGUUCAUUUGAUCCACAGAGCAAAUUCAGUCUAAUGACUUUAAAGUUGAGUUGGACAGGUGUUGAAACCUUCCCAUCUGCCUUUGGCCCACAAGAACAGAAAGGACUCACUUUCUGAGGAAAUGGUGAGAGACUUGACUGAAAAGAAUUUUAAAAGAAAGUGUAAAUAAAGAGCAGCCCUUUUAGAUGUCUCUAAAAGAGGCAGUAACCUACACCAGAUUUUUACUUGUCAGAGUAUCUCCUAAAUGUUAUGGAAAAACAAGAUGAGAUAGAUGUUAAAUUGUAAGAGAAAAUGUAUAUUAAACAACAUUUCUUAGUCUUGUUGAAAUAAAGACU